AUGAAGAGGGAAAGGCAUGCCAGCUGGGAGACGGAAAACGAUGAAAAUCUGGCUUUGCUCAACGGGAGCUGCAGCGACGAAGCCGAAGACAAGCGAGAGCCCACGUUGGCAGUCAAAGGGAAGCGGACGAAGUCAGAUGCCGGUGACUCAGAAAAACUGUCUCACAAGACAAAGGAGAAGAAGAAGGGAGAUGUGGUUGAUGAGAUCCCUAAGGAAGGCCAGGAGGUACGGACACGUGGUAACGCUGGUUGGGAGAACAGCUUGCGGCAGAAGCCCCCACCCCGCAUAGUCUUUCAGGCUGGACCAGCUUCACAGGAGAAGAAACCGAAAGAUGAUGUGGAAAGUGUGGAGGGCUUCAAGGAGCGACACAAAAUCAGGUAUUCCAAGAGGAUCUCUGCAAACUUCCAAAUUGACUUCUCAGAGGAAAACUCCAUGGAAUCCAGCCAUAACACCAGCAACACUGGGGUCCCAAAUAGAUGCCACUACUCAGGGGGGCUGAGAAGUAUGGAAGAAUACCAGGAUGGAAAGGAUUUUAGGAUCGGGGAGCUGGUAUGGGGGAAGAUCAAAGGCUUCGCUUGGUGGCCCGCCAUCGUGGUGUCGUGGAAGGCCACGUCCAACCGCCCAGCGGCCCCCGGGAUGCGCUGGGUCAAGUGGUUUGGCGAUGGGAAGUUUUCAGAGGUCUCUGCAGACAAACUGGUGGGACUGGUGGCAUUCCGGGAGCAUUUCAACAACACUACCUUCAACAAGCUGGUGUCCUAUCGACAAGCCGUUCUUCAUGUUUUGGAGGUUGCGAGCAGCCGAGCCGGAAAAGUGUUCUCCAGCGCUCCGGGGGAUUCUCUGGAAGACAAGCUGAAGCCCAUGGUAGACUGGGCUGACAACGGGUUCAAGCCCAUGGGAGGCAAAGCGCUGAAGCCCCCCAAGACCACAGAGAGCAGAGCCCUCAGCAAGAGCAGCGCCGAAGAGUCCGCCCCCCCUGAACCUGCCCCCCCGACCAAGCGGGUCAAGACAAAUGUCUGCAGUGGUGGCAACAAGGAGCAGACGGAGGUGAACCAAAGCCGAGAGCGGAUGGUUUCGGAAGUGAGGAAUAACAAGAAGAGCUUGGAAGACAGCUGUUUAUCGUGUGGGAGGAAGGACCCCGUGACUUUCCACCCGCUGUUCGAAGGGGGCCUCUGCGUCACUUGCCAGGAUCGGUUCCUAGAGCUUUUCUACAUGUACGACGAUGAUGGCUACCAGACCUACUGCUCCAUCUGCUGCGAGGGCAGCGAGUUGCUGCUCUGUGAUAAUGCCAGUUGCUUCAGGUGCUUCUGCGUGGAUUGCUUGAAUGCCCUGGUGGGGCAAGGCUCGGCCGAGGCCGCCAGGAAAGAGGAGCCCUGGAGCUGCUUCAUGUGCCAGCCGCAACGCCGCUAUGGGCAGCUGCUGCGACGGCAUGACUGGAACACGCGCCUGAAGGAGUUUUUCACCAAUGAGAGCGGGAAGGAAUACGACGCACCAAAAAUCUACCCUCCCAUCCCGGCAGCAAAGAGGAGGCCAAUCAGAGUGUUGUCUCUCUUCGAUGGCAUCGCAACAGGCUACCUGGUUCUGCGGGAUCUGGGCAUCAAAGUGGAGAAAUAUGUCGCCUCUGAGAUCUGCGAAGAAUCCAUAGCUGUGGGAACGGUGCGGCAUGAAGGGAACAUCAAAUAUGUGCAUGAUGUUAGGAACAUAACCAAGAGAAAUAUUGAGGAAUGGGGCCCAUUCGAUCUGGUGAUUGGCGGGAGUCCCUGUAACGAUCUCUCCAUCGUGAAUCCUGCCAGGAAGGGCUUGUACGAAGGGACCGGAAGGCUGUUUUUUGAGUUCUAUCACCUUCUGACUUUCGCACGCCCCAAAACUGGAGAAGAUCGUCCGUUUUUCUGGCUGUUUGAGAAUGUCGUGGCCAUGAGAGUCAAUGACAAGAGGGACAUCUCUCGUUUUCUGGAGUGUAACCCGGUUAUGGUUGAUGCUGUCAAGGUCUCAGCUGCACACAGAGCACGAUAUUUCUGGGGCAACCUGCCUGGGAUGAACAGGCCCUUGGUAGCUUCAAAGGGAGAUAAACUUGAACUUCAGGAUUGCCUGGAAUACAGUAGGACAGCGAAGUUGAAAAAGGUCCAGACCAUAACCACAAAGUCCAAUUCGAUCCGGCAGGGGAAAGCCCAGGCUCUCCCCGUGCGCAUGAACGGCAAAGACGACAAUUUGUGGUGCACUGAACUGGAAAGGAUCUUUGGCUUCCCUCGCCACUACACGGAUUUGUCCAACAUGGGCCGUGGAGCUCGUCAGAAGCUGCUUGGCAGGUCGUGGAGCGUCCCCGUCAUUCGCCACCUCUUUGCUCCACUCAAGGAUUAUUUUGCCUGCGACUAGACCGCAGGGGUGCCCAGGUCUCCUCCGAUCCAGCGGCCUGGGGAGGGGAGGACAAGAAUGAACCAGAAACGUUGCCCUCCUCCAAGUGCCACCCAC